CGUCCAGCAGCUGAUCGGUAAUCCAGAAGAAGUUUCCGCUCAGUUAGGGGGGAGCUCCACUUUGAAGCAGGAGACUCCACAACCACCCUGCAUUAAAAAGGAAGAGGAGGAACUCUGCAUCACUCAGGAGGGAGAGUGUCUUCUAGGACGAGAGGAAGCUGAUUACACCAAGUUUCCACUGAGUAUUCUCUCUGUGAAGACUGAAGAUGAUGAAGAGAAACCACAAGUAGACAACCUCUUAGCUCCACUAUCAGACAGUGAGGCUGAAGAUGAUGAAGAGAAACCACAAGUAGACAACCUCUUAGCUCCACUAUCAGAUAGUGAGGCUGAAGACGAGGUUGAAGUAACUUUGAGCAGCGAUAAAGACUGUGAAGGUGAUAUGAGGACUCACACUGACAACAAACACUCUGAAUGCUCUACAAAGAAGAGAGGUAAAACAUGUUUGAGCUGCUCAGUUUGUGCUGAAAGUUUUACUCAAAAGAGCAGUUUGACUCGACACAUGAGAACACACACAGGUGAAAAACCAUUCAGUUGUUCAGUUUGUGCCAAAAGCUUUUCUCGAAAAUGUGGUUUGACUCAACACAUGAGAACACACACAGGAGAAAAAACAUUUAAUUGUUCCCUUUGUAGCAAAAGCUAUUCGCGAAAUUGCAGUUUGACUGAACACAUGAGAACACACACAGGUGAAAAACCAUUUAAUUGUUCAGUUUGUUGCAAAAGCUUUUCUCAAAAUAGCACUUUGAUUCAACACAUGAGAACACACACAGGAGAAAAACCAUGUACUUGUUCAGUUUGUGGCAAAGGCGUUUCUCAAACUAGCUAUUUGACUAAACACAUGAGAACACACACAGGUGAAAAACCAUUUAGUUGUUCAGUUUGUGGCAACAGCUUUUCUGUUAAGAGUAAUUUGACUCAACACAUGAGAACACACACAGGAGAAAAAACAUGUAAUUGUUCAGUUUGUGGCAAAAGCUUUUCUGUUAAGAGUAAUUUGACUGAACACAUGAGAACACACACAGGUGAAAAACCAUUUAAUUGUUCAGUUUGUGGCAGAAGCUUUUCUCAAAAUAGCUGUUUGACUCUACACAUGAGAACACACGCAGGAGAAAAACCAUUUAGUUGUUCAGUGUGCUGUAAAAGGUUCCAACAAAAAGCAGACGCAGUAAAACACAUAAGAACACACAAGGGAAAAUAACCAAUUAGCUGUUUAGUUUGUGGUAUGUUGCUCAUAUGUGGCGACAUCCACCCUACCCAGGACCUCCUCACUGCUUCUUUCACAAAUAUCUGAGGUAUUCAUACAAACUUGGAUUAUUUGGAGCAUAAUCUUAUCCACUCAUGACCCCAUGUCUUCUCUGUAUCUGAAACCUUCCUGAACAGUAAGAUAGAUGAUGCUUCAAGUGCUUGGUUACUCCUUCUUCAGUCCAGGGACCUGGGGCCUCAUGUGUCAAGUUUGUACACGCUCAAAAACCUGCACUACACCCUUUUUCACUGCAAAAUUGAGAUGUAUCAAAACUGACUAACGCAUAAGUGAUGCUGGGUAACUGUUUGCAUAACAAAUUGCCAACUUUUACUCUUCAGACUGAUUGAUGUGCAAAUCAGAGACAUAUGAACAAUUAACCCCCAACACCCACAACCCAACCCCCACCUCCCUCGACAUGGUCCUGGUGGAGAUCUACACUCUUAGUGCUUUUCGUCUUUAU